GGGAGCCAAUCGGAAUCGUGUUAGGGCGGGGCGGUGGCAGGAGCCCGGCGCGGAGGCGGCCCGCGGUGAUGACGUUACGGCGGUGCGACGCGGCGGAGGAGCGGUCGGGGUCAGCGGGAUGGAGGUGGCCGCCGCCGUGGCUCCGGCUGUGCGGCGCUCGCUGGGGCGGUGCCGGCCCCUCCGCUGCGCGGCGGGUCUCCGGGGCGGGUGGCCUUUGCCCGCCGGAGGGGUUUCCCUCAGGCUGUGCAGCACGCGGGUGGCUUCUGAGGGCGUCAACAAGCCCGUUAUAGACCGCAUCAUCCGGGUGGACCACGCAGGGGAGUACGGGGCCAACCGGAUUUAUGCGGGACAGAUGGCGGUGCUGGGCAGGUCGAGUGCGGGGCCCGUCAUUCAGCAAAUGUGGAAUCAAGAAAAAGACCACCUGAAAAAGUUCAAUGAAUUAAUGGUUGCGUACAGAGUCCGACCUACUGUUUUAUUGCCUUUUUGGAAUGUAGCAGGUUUUGUUUUAGGGGCUGGCAGUGCUUUACUUGGAAAGAGAGGUGCGAUGGCUUGCACAGUGGCGGUGGAAGAGAGUAUAUCGGAUCACUACAACAGCCAGAUCCGAACUCUUAUGGAAGAAGAUCCAGAAAAGUACAAAGAGCUAUUGCAGAUAAUAAAGCAAUUUCGGGAUGAUGAAAGGGAGCACCAUGAUAUUGGGCUUGAGCAUGACGCAGAAGCGGCACCAGCUUAUUCAGUUUUGAAGACAGCUAUACAACUUGGAUGCAAAGCUGCGAUAUUUUUAUCAGAAAGAAUUUAGCCAUGUUUCCCAUAAUGUUUGUGGCACAAAAGUGUACAGAAAUUGCAGAAGACUAAUAGUUAUUUUAUUCAGCCUUUUAAAAUUUUCUUCACUAAGCAUCUGAUUCAGCCGGCCUUUCUGACAUUGAGUAUCUGUUCAGAAAGUGUCAGCUGAGCUAAAUGUGACUAAAGAUGGCAGAAUUGGGUCCGUAUGAGCUAAACUUCCUUAUUCAGAGACUGUUCACAAGGUGGCAGCAAAAUAUGUGUGUAUAUACAUGAUUUAUCUAUAGUGUGUGUGUAUAUACAUAUAUACACACACGCAUAUAAAAAUGGUGAAGACAUUCUCUGUUGCCUUCAAAAUUAUAUAUACUUGAAAUUAGCUGGAGCUCAUCGGCUCCUUUUAAAAUGGUUAAUACUGACUAAGCAGGAGAGUUUUGAGUUCUGUUUUCAGGGUAAGUAAAUGAAGUACUGGCAAGUAUUUCUUUUCAGUCUGUCUUGAAUAAAGAUUGGUAUUAUAAGACUUUCA